AUGGAUAAGAAACCUCAUAUUCUCUAUAAAAAUAGAAUUUGCAAUGACAAUUGUAGUGGCUCAAGUAAUUCACAAGAGCUUUUUGACGAUAAAGUUCGUGAAGCAAGUAAUUCUCAAGACUCUUUUGAAGAACAAUCCUACAAUUUUAUUCAACUUAAACAAGAAAUUUUUAGACUCAAACAACACGAUUUAAUUUUAAAAGUCAACAAAAUUAAAACUAGUAUAGAGCAACAGAUAAAGAACGACACAACAAAAACUGUUAAUCUAGAAAACGUUAUCGAUCUUUUUAUUAAGUCUCAAGCCAGAAUGCAAUGA